GGUUGGUGCUGGUGGGGGACUGACUCAGUGAAGAAAAGAAAUGGCGAUGCUCGGAGGGUUAAGCGCAGCACAGCACAAGAAAAACGUCUCCGACGGGAGCAGCGACGUGUCAGAAUUCGUCUGUCCAGUUUGUCUGGAAAUCUUCGAGAGUCCUGUAACAACACAAUGCGGCCAUACGUUCUGCCAGAGUUGUUUGCAGGAAUGUUUGCGUCCACAAAAGCCUGUGUGUGCAGUAUGUCGGGCCACUCUGGGCCACUGGACUAAAGCUGCUGAUCUAGAGGCCCUUAUCCAGUCAUCUGUGGCAGCUUGCAAGGGAUGUGGAGUUCAGGUUGGCCUUUCUCAGAUGAGAAGCCACACUGCCGCCUGUUCAAAAUACCAGGAGUACAUUGAGGAGGGAGUGAGGACCACUGCCCAGAGCCAGCCUGCCAUCAUCAGUCCAGUGCCAAAUCGUUACACCUUCACCUGCCCCUACUGCAACUGCCAGAACCUCGAUCAGGACGGCCUGGUUGAGCAUUGCACUACCCAACAUGCUCGAGAUGCACGCCAAGUGGUGUGUCCUAUCUGUGCCUCAAUGCCUUGGGGGGACCCUAACUACAGGAGUGCAGACUUUUUCCAGCACCUGAAGAUCAGACACACUUUCUCCUAUGAUACAUUUGUUGAUUACUCCACAGACGAGCACACAAUGAUUCAGGAGGCUUUACAGCGCUCCCUUUUGGACAACUGAAGUGUGAAGAACAAUUCACCAGGAGGAGGAAUCCAGUGAAGUGAAGGGGAGAUGGUCUUAAAAAGACAGAACAACACACUGUAUCGUCAUUCAUCUAGCAUGAGGAUGGUGGUACUGAAUUACUAUGGGUAAUUAUUUUCAUAGGGAACUGGUAUUGUAACUAUGAAUCUAUAGGUUUAUUAUUCAAAAAAUAAAUGCAAUAUGGUUAAAAACAAAACAUAUUGUACCGUUUGAUUUAGGAGUAAUACUGUGUUUCUGGUGUGAAUAUCUUCCCCCCAGCUGAGUCUGUAGACUUGAUAGUUUGUUGAAUAUCUACUAAACUAUGUUUGUUAAGCUGUUUGUUCAUUAAUGACAUGGUGUCAUAUAGCCAAACACUUCCAAAGUUGUGAUUAAAAUUCCCCAUUGUCAACA